AACAAAUAUAUAUAAGCAAGGGCUGUGGAGGGUGCAGCAGACAGAGGAGGGGAGGCAAAACCCCUGGGUCCUUCUUUCCUGCCAGCUGCAAGACGGCACCACCGGAGCCAGGCGGGCAGCGGAGCGGCCCGGGAUCCCAUCCGGAAUGGACCAGUCAUUUGCAUAAGAGGUGUUGAAUCCCCCCAGCUCUGUGGAUGUCCCUGUAGAGACUUUCCACUCUUCAGUUCUUUCCAGCCUUUGUAUGAUCUGAGAUAAAGGCUUGCUCUUGGACAGUGGACUGUUUAACAGUAUUUUCAGCGGCUAAGAGCGCCAGAGCAGAUUGGCUGAAGUAAAGGGUGCCGUGACGCUGCGGGGGCCAGCAGAGGCGGCCCCGAACAGACGGAGCAGUGGGAAGCCAGGCAGGAGGAGGAAGAUGAGGAUGAUGUCGGCACUCAGCCCGUUGCCUUUUCUGAAGCCCGUUCACCUGAGGUCCCCCCGGAGCUCGCCCGGGGGCCAGCGCCGCCACACACUGCCCGCCAGCGAGUUUCGCUGCCUCAGCCCCGAGGACACCAUCAGCGUGUUCGAGAUCGAGCGGGAAGCCUUUAUAUCCGUCUCAGGGGACUGUCCCCUCCACCCGGACGAGAUCCGCCACUUUCUGAACCUGUGCCCGGAACUCUCCCUUGGCUGGUUUGAGGAAGGGCGGCUCGUGGCGUUCAUUAUCGGCUCCCUCUGGGACCAGGAGAGGCUCAGCCAGGCAGCGCUGACCCUGCACAAGCCGCAGGGCACGGCAGUGCACAUCCACGUGCUGGCCGUGCAUCGCACCUUCCGGCAGCAGGGCAAGGGCUCCAUCCUCAUGUGGCGGUACCUGCAGUACCUGCGGUGCCUGCCCUUCGCCCGGCGUGCCCUGCUCAUGUGCGAAGAUUUCCUCGUGCCCUUCUACCAGAAGUGCGGUUUCGAGGUGCUGGGUCCCUGCCAGGUGACGGUGGGGGAUCUAGCCUUCAUCGAGAUGCAGCACUCCGUGCGGGGACAUGCCUUCAUGCGCAGGAACAGCGGCUGCUGAGCCCCCUCGGCUUGGGCCGGGGGUUGGAGGGAGGCAGUUGGAAGGGGCAUGAGGGGCUGCGACCCCUCUCCAUCCCCGCCAUGACUCUACGUUUUCUCUGGCUAUGGCUGCUCCCUCCGCCACAUCUUGCCUUCCAGCCAGGAGAUCAGCCCAGUCUCAUGCCAGCCCCGCAGGGCCUGGGACAGAAAUCCCCUGC